UCCUGCCGAGAAAAGAAAGUAAAGACAUAUUGGAUUCUGGUUCAAAGAGCCAGCGAGCAAACGGAGAGCAACGGGAUAUCUGGAGAAUUCCAAUGAGUGGAGUCCUCGAGACCUGGCUCGGCUGCGUCUUGUUUGGAGGGAUCCUACCCCAUCGGGGAUCUUGUCUCGAUUUCCCUCUUGUUAUGGAGUUUGCUGCUUUUCACCGGCAACCAGAAAGUCACUUUUUCUGAGAACCGAGCACGCCUGCUUCUUCACUUUCUUUUAAAUAUCCUGUGAGAGGGGGAGGAGGGAGUGAUGCUCCCCGAAGGAAAGCCCCAGGAGGGCCAACUGUUCUGGAUGUUGCUUCUGGCCGUGGGAUGGAUGACGCUGGGUUCUGCAUGGGGUUCCUUAUCUCCAGAUCUCCACCUGUUGUCCCCUACCUCUGGCGCCCCUGUGGCCCCCGCGCUGCCCCGGCCUGAUCACCCGCGUGGCCCUCAGGGGCCAAGGCACCAUCAGCCUCCUGUACCAAUACACCGCUCCCCAAUGGGACUACGAGCCGGCCACGCUGGCACCACCUACAUCUUUGGCAAAGGAGGAGGCCUGAUCACCUACACAUGGCCCAACAACGAGAGGCCAAGCACACGGACGGACCGGCUGGCGGUGGGCUUCAGCACCACCAUCAAGGAUGCCAUCCUUGUUCGCAUCGACAGCGCCCCACGCCUGGGCGACUACAUCAUGCUCCACAUCGAACAAGGAAAAAUCGGCGUGACGUUUAACAUCGGGACAGUGGACAUAAGCGUCAAGGAGUCAAACACAGAGGUAAACGAUGGCAAGUACCAUUUGGUCCGAUUCACGAGGAACGGGGGCAAUGCGACCUUGCAGGUGGACAACUGGCCAGUCAACGAGCACUUUCCCUCAGGCAACAGCGACAUUGAGCGCUAUCAAAUGGCAAAUAAGAAAAUCCCGUUCAAAUAUACCCGGCCAGUAGAGGAUUGGCUUCAGGAGAAAGGCCGGCAGCUGACAAUCUUCAACACCCAGGCCACUAUUUCUAUCGGAGGAAACGACCGAAAGCGGCCCUACCAAGGCCAGCUCUCCGGCCUCUAUUACAACGGCCUCAAGGUUCUCAACAUGGCCGCCGAGGGCCACCCUAACAUCAAGGUGAACGGGAGCGUGCGGCUCGUGGGAGACGUGCCCACCAGCCGUGGCGCGACGCGCACCACCACUUCAAUGCCUCCAGAGAUGUCCACCACCUUCAUUGAGACCACCACCACCCUGUCCACCACAACCACCCGCAAACAGCGCUCGCCACCGUCUAUUCAGGUACAGCUCUUUGGGACUAAUGAAAGGUGUACGUCGUGAGGUGUUGCGUCGGUUCCCAAGUGAUUUUUGGCUGAGGGCGUGAGGCUAACGCUAGCAUGUGUGGAAGCUGCAGCAGCCGAUACGCUCUUCCCUGACAAAGUUGGUUAUUAGAGUGGAAAGAAGAUAUGUUCAAAAUUCAGGCUGGACAUCCACAGAAGAAAUUCAUGUGUAGAAAUAUGCAAAUGUACGUUGCUUUAAAACUAAACUUGUCAACGUUAAUGCAUUAAUAUUAGUAAUGGAGAUUAAUUGCAUCACCUAUUUUGACCUAACAGCCUUUCUCCCACAGAGGGUUACUUGAAAUCAAAUCGGCACAUUACACGGUCUUGUACUGUGGUUAACAACGCAGAGCCACAAACACAAGUGAAAAGAUGUAUGCUCAGCGGUAAAUUUAGCUUUUAAAAAAAAACACGGUGGUUAGAGCAGACACUGUAGACGUUGAUGUGUCCAGAUUUCAAAUCCCAUCCUCAGCUCCUUAGCCACUUAUCUUUCAUCCCUUUCUCUUAAAUUAUUCAAAUUAGUCAAAUAAAGUCCACUAGUACCAAAGAAAUUCUGAAAAAAAAAAAAAAACAUAUUGUUGAACUUUUGGAUGAAACCAAUUUAGUAGCAACGAUGAAUUAUCCUUCCACCAAACCACAGCUAGCCUAUAGUUAACAUUUCUAAAUUACAUUUGAAGCAAAAUAACUUCUUUCAAAGCUUCCCAACUAUGAAAAUCUUGAAAACUGAGAUGUUGAGUUUGAGAAAUUAAGACAUUUCUUAAAUAUUUUCUUUAACAUUUCAAGCUUACAAAGUUAAGUAUAGUGAUUAAUCAUGAUUAAUCAAGGUGCUCGAGUGUGAUUCAUGUGAUUAAAUUUUUUAAUGGAUUGACGGUACUAAUAAAAACCGCUCAUAUAUAAAUGGUAUUAUCUUAACCUUUUCUGUUUAGCAAUGCUUCAAAGCCAACAACAUAAAUAUCCUGUGCAGUAGGCACUGGUUUCCUUUCAAAUAGGAUUCAUACAAAAUAAAAAACAACUUUAGUGUUUUGUGGAAAAAAGCAACAAUUCGAACAGAUGGAGGUUCAGUUUUCGCUUAAAGGUUUAAAAAUGCCCCAAAGUGUAAACAUGAGAACCAUUCCCUGCUCUUUACUAUUUAAUGUGGUUUUGGAACGGACAGCGGUUUGGAUUACGUCUGCCCUCCCUUUUUUUUUUUUUCCCUCUGCUUGAUCAGCCAAGGUCAGGACACUGUAUUUCUCAUUCUGCCAGGGAUCGAAGUGCUGCUGUUCGACGAGCCGUGCCUUUUCUGCUUCCCCAUCCACCAAUCUCCCUUCUCCUCCACCUCUUAUCUGUCAUGCAACGUGUUUCAGGACCGAGAGAGAGGGCUUCCUCCAAUACGCUCCGAGUCCGAGCCAAUGAAUGUCACAGCCGUGCCAAGAAAGCAAUCACGCCCAGCAGUCCUUUGACACCCGGAGCACAAAUUGAACCCUUCAUUGUCUAUAUUAAAGCAAUAACUCUCCCUCAUGAGUGAGACGUGGCUGUUGUGGAUGGGAGGUUUGGCUGUUGUGGAUGACAGACCACUGUUAUCUCCUUCUGCACCUCGGCAUCAGAUUGUCUGCUGCGCAGUCAUGAUGACCCUCCAUGUCAGUGCUGACACUUCUUACUCUGCACGGGAGUGGCCGUGCAAAAUGCCAGGCCGAAGUCGAAGUGAAGAUAGAAAGAUACACGACAAAAACAAAGCAAUCCGUUUCCUUCCCCUCCAUGAGUCAGCGAUGAUGACUUAGCCGAGAUACAUUACCGUCUCUGGCAGUAACAGCAAGGUCACAUCAUAAAGAAGAUGGCUUGUGUCGUCUCAGGCAAAUAUUAAUAUCAAGUGAAGUCAAUAAAGUUCUUCCUCGGAAAGACCUUUUUGACAACGCGCUCGACUUUUCAAGGUGAAACGAGCAAAUAUCUCUCCCGUCGAUAUCCGUAAUGCCUCCAUUAGAUGCCAGACAAUGCUCCUUGGUAACUCAACAAUAACAAUGUAGUUGCCUGGCCUCUCCAACUUUCCAUUUUAUUUUUGUAUUCCUUCUGAGAAAACGCCUUGGUCAUUCUUCUUCCACCAGCCACCGUGACAGGCCCGGCUUUGAUUCACGUUGCCGCGUCGCAGUAUUUCAUUUGCCGAGGCCUUUAAUUUUACAGUUCCCCAGCCGGCUGUCAGACACCGUGGUGCGAGCGGUAAGGAGGGGACCUGUACCCGUUUGGCAGAUUUCCCCCACCCCUCUGGGUAGUGUAGGGGAGUUUAGGGAGUUGAGCUAUCAUUAGUGAUGUACUGCAGUGCUGGAAAGAGCUGUAGGCCCCUGUCGCGGUACUGGACUCGAGCACAUGAGCAGCUGUUUCCAAACCCGGGGUGCCUGAGUGGACUAAAAUGUGUGUGUGUGUGUGUGUGCAUAUGCGACCGGGGUGUGUUCACAGAUGUCUAUUUUAGGUCCACUGAACCGAGUCUACCUGUUUUGCCGUUCCGAGACGAGAAGCGGCUCGUCCCCUGACAUCUCUGCUUCAACAGGACGAGAGGCAGGGGUGUGAAGUGGAGAGACCAAUCUCACGCUUAAUUAAUGAUGGCUCCAUGGGGAGGGACAUGCACCGACAUGACAAACACCUUUCAUUUUCUUUUUAUUCUCUCUUGCUACCGCUGUCGUGUUUGGUUGUUUUGUGGGACACCUGGGUUAUUAUCAGGGGAAAAAAAGCACCAGUUUGACAUUUUCAACAACUUUUUAUUGACUUUGUGCAGAGAAUUGGCGUUUGUUUGUUUUUUUUUUGUUUUGUUUGUUUUUUGUUUUUGUGGUUUUUAACUGGUCAGGUUAUUUAGACGGUGUGCUAAGCUUUAAACGUUCAUCCUCAGAUGGCAAGGGCAAUGUUUUGCAAAACGCACUUCAUUUUUGGAAAAUCAUUGAAUUUUUGAUUUCAUUCAACUUUUAAACUUUUUAUUUUUUAUUAAAUUUAUCUCAGAGUCAGAUAGGACCACCGACUGCCAUUAUAUUGAUUGCAAGUAAAAGCUUUGAGAAAGAAGUAUGGAUAAAAGCACUUUCAAACA